AUGCAGAGAGUGUAUCCAAUGGAGGAACUUAGUCCCACUAUUUCACUGGUCAUUGAUCAUUAUGGAUAUUCUGAGGAUUUUUUUAAACUAAGAUCCCUAUGGAAAACGCUUUCAUCGGAUCCAAGGAUUAAACUAAAUUUAAAUCACCAUAAUUCUUAUAUUGAAGCGCUUUGUCGAUGUAAAGCAUUUAAUCAGGCUGUUUCGGUUUUCCUAGAUGAUUUUCUACGAAAGAAAAUCAAACCAAGCUUACGAACGUUGUUGUCAAUAAUCACUCCACUUAGAGCUGCCAAUAAAAAGCUUCUCGAAACGAACCUUUUGGAGUUUGUGGAGAAAACGUGGCCAGAUGUACACAACGAGUUUUAUAAACAUGACUUUGCGGAAAAUAAACCCAAAAAAUAA